UGAAGGUUACAUUAUCAACUUUGAUAACACAAUUUAAACAUUGUGUUCAUAAUUUAGAUAACUAUUUACAACUCUAGGUCUAAAACUAUUUACAACUCUAGAUUUAGACCUAUUCUAGAUUCUAGAAAUAGAUUAGAUCUAACUCUAGUUGUUUUACUAGAAAACAAAUGGAUGUCUUUUGGAAGUUGAUUUUGGAUUUCUUGUACUGAACAUUAACAUACGACUAAAAAUCAAUCUGAUAAUUUGAUUUUGAUUAAUCUUAUUAAAACAAAGACAGCUGUAUUAUAUCAGACUAGUGUUGAUGUCGAGUAGACAGAGGUCUUUCUAUCCACAAUGCUUAUAGUUCAUUUAAAAGCCAUUCUAUGGAAGAACUCCAUAGUGUUACGGCGCAACGUUCUAAGCACUCUCCUGCAGAUAGGUUUGCCCUUGAUUCUAAUAUUCAUGACCUUCACAGCAUUUCACGAGAAGGAAGAGAACCUAACCUCAGCAUUGGAACGACUGCGCAUGCCCGUAGAUGUUACCGACAUUUCUGCAUGCCCACUUACCUACGAGCCGUUUUCGUCUCCGGCGCUCGCCGAGUUGUUUGGUAUUGGCUACAAAAAAAAAGAUCUGGAGAUUGUACCCAACAAUUAUACGUUAAACAAAACAGACUCCUGGGACCAGUGUAUUGUGGACAGGGUCAUAUUCCACAUUGACAAGACCGCUCGAGAGAUACCCAAGAACUUGGUUUUUCAAGUCGCCACGAGCACUGAAUACUCAACGGAAGAAAUAUACGGGUCACACGAAGACUUGUAUCGUGUGCCCCUCAUGCAGUACGUGGUCACCAAAAACUUCAUACGCUACUGGAAGAUCAGAACAAGCUCUGGGCCGAGUUCAUAUACGAAUUUUCACACUAUGAACAUGCAUUCAAAAAUAACGGCAUCUGCCAAGCGUCUCGGUUCUGUGGAUCAGCUGAACAAGUAUUUCUCCAUCCUCUUUUUCAGCAUCUUUGUCUGCUCCCUGGGCUACAUAGUAGAGGAGAAGGAGACCAAGAUCAAGGAGUCCAUGAAGCUGAUGGGGCUGAGCACCUUCACGUUUUGGCUCAGCUGGUUCAUGACGUACCUCCUUGUGGGCAUGGUGAUAAUUCUGGCCUUCACUGUCCUCUGCUCUGUCGGCUUCUACGGUGCUGGCAAGAUCCUGUACAGCAACCCGGUGAUGACUGCAGGCUUCAUGACCUUGUACCUGGCUAACGUCAUCAGCUUCUCGUUCCUGCUGUCCUGCUUCGUCAACAGAGCCAGGGACUCGACUAUGUAUUCAGCCACAGUCUUCAUCGCAAUGAACUACGGUUCUCCGAUAGUCUCCCAGUUUCUGUCUGACAGGUUCUCAAGUCUCGUGGCUGGGAGUCUUUUAUUUCAAUUCGGCAAUAACUAUUUCCGGGAGAUUUUUUUCAAGCUCGAAAUGAGAGAUGUCGGUUUGAGUUUUAGUAAGAUGUUUGCUUACGAGGAUUUCCCCCAUGUCAGCCUGUUUGACACUUCGAUCAUGAUGACGCUGAACAUGCUCUUCCAUUUCUUCUUAAUCUGGUACAUGGAGAAUGUAUUCCCUGGAGAGUACGGCAUUCCACGGCCAUAUUAUUUCUUCCUAACGAAUUCCUACUGGUGUCCCUCUAUUACUCUGGGUGAGAACAUUCCGGAACUACCAAAAACGGAUGAGCGGCUGUUUGAGCCUACCAACCCAAACCUUAAAGCAGGGAUUAAAAUCCGGGGUCUUGUCAAGGUGUUCAAUGGUAAGAUGGCAGUGGGAGGAGUCAACUUGGAUAUCUACGAAGAUCAGAUGACUGUUCUGUUGGGUCACAACGGAGCAGGGAAGACAACCACGAUAAAUAUGAUCACAGGUUUUCUAAAGCCUUCGAAGGGGACUGUCAUAUUGAACGGUUACGACGUAUCGCAGAACUUAAUUCAGGCCAGAGAGAGUGUCGGCUUGUGUCCACAGCACGACAUACUGUUUCCGCGCUUGACUUGUAAAGAACAUUUAAUCUUUUACAGCAAACUUCGCAAUCAAUACAGAGGCAUCGGUGAAGAAAAUGAAGCCGUGGAUCUGUUGAAUGCUGUGGGUAUCAAGGAUAAGAUGUUCACUCAUUCUAGGUUCUUGAGUGGAGGGCAGAAGAGAAAGCUGUCGUGUGCCUGCGCCUUUAUAGGCAGCACUAAGACAAUAUUUCUAGAUGAACCGUCAUCCGGCCUUGACCCCAGCGCUCGGCGAGAACUCUGGGAAUUCUUGCAGGCCUUUAAAAAGGGGCGGAUCAUUCUUUUGACCACACACUACAUGGACGAAGCAGACGUUCUUGGUGAUCGGAUAGUCAUCAUGGCAGAAGGUGUGGUCAAAUGCUGCGGAAGUUCCAAUUUUCUCAAAAGAAUCUACGGCACUGGGUAUCAAUUAAGUAUUGAGAAACGCUCGGGCUGUAGCGUCAGCGCCGUGACCAGCAAGAUCCGUGUACAUAUUGACGACGCUGAGUUGACAAAAGAGAACAACCAAGAGAUCUUCUACAUACUCCCCGAAGACAAAGUUCCCCGAUUUUCUCAGAUGUUGUCGGAUUUGGAGAGAAGUCAACGUGACUUGAAGAUUGCCAACUUUGGUUUAACCGCCACCACCAUGGAGGACGUCUUUGUAAGGGUUGGUCAAGGUUUUGAACCCAAAAGCUUUACAAACAGAGCGACGGUCACCAACUUAACACCGGAUGAAUCAAGCAUAAGUCCCACUUCAUCCAAAGAUUUAACGAGACAGAGGGCUCAUUCACUAAAGUCGAAUCGCCGUAAGGCUCCGGAUAAUGUGAGCAGAAACAAUGCCGAAGAUUUUGAGCGCGAAAAAAGUUCCGUGGAAGAGACUCCCAAGUCAUCCAUUAGUCAGCAUGAAAGUGAUUCUAAAAAUACAGGCGACGCACAGGAGAAAUCUCGCGCGAGGCCUUCCGUCCCUGCAGGUGCUUCUGAUCAGCUGUUCGACAAAAUGAGCUCGUUCCAGAAGCUUCGCCCGUCCACUUUGUUCAUGCAACAGAUAAGAGCCAUUUUCAUCAAGAAGUUUCUCCUCUGCCGUCACGCAUGGCUGAUGUCCUUGGUCCUCAUCACCCUGCCCGUGGCCUUGACCUCCUUGGGGAUCAAAUACGACCUGAGCACUAAGACCAUCAUCCCUAAGGAUUUAAACUUUACCCUGGACCGUUUUCCAACUGACUUGAAGUUCUUACAUUUUUAUGAAAAUGGCAGUGACGAUACGAUUUCGCGACAGUACAAGGCUUUGUAUGACAAGAAGUAUGGCACUGUUCUACAGUUUCCCCUCAACAAGGUGACUCAAUUCUCCAAGCAAGUACGAGAAGCGCUAGCGAAUGUUGAUGCGGAAGAAUAUACACAGAAGUAUUUGUUUGGUAUUGCAGAGACUAGGAAUACAUCGGGUUUAAUCGUGCUGUACCAACAAACAGCAGUCCACGCUAAGAGCAUCGCGGUUCAACUUGCUCUCAAUGCAUGGGUCCAGCAGACGCUGGGCAGUGAGUACAGUGUCCAAAGUGGAGUCCACUACGUCCCCUCCUGGACGGCAAGUAACCUGAUCAAAAAGCUUCAAAUCGCCACCACAUUUUGCCUCGGUUUCUCAAUGGCUCUCAUCCCCGUCAUGUUCAUCUACCCUUUAACUGUGGAGCGCGCGAUUGGUGCGAAACAUCUCCAGUCCCUGAGUGGCAUCAGCCCUCUCGCCUACUGGAUGGGGACGUUCGCCUUUGACAUGAUCAUGUACCUGCUGACCAUAUCCUUAAUGAUACUGGCCUUCUUGAUCAACCCACACGUCUACAUCGACGAUAACCGCUGGAUGUUGACCACCUUCGUCCUGGUGGUCUACGGGUUAGCCAUCUUCCCCUACCUGUACGCGGUCCAGUUCAUUUUCAAAAGCCCGACCGUGGCUUCCACCACGCUCUUGUUGCUAGCCAUUUUUGUUGGUGUCAUUAUCAGCCUGAUAAUGUCGAUAGUACGGACAGUCAUGAUUAUGUCCGACUUCGUUUAUUUCAUUCACUUGGUCUUCGUUGCCCUGUCUCCUAGCUACUCCUUGAAUUCAAUAUUCUUCAUGUACAUUUUAAUAAGCAUAGCAAGUCUUACCACCACACCGAACCAGACUUUUACUGAUUAUCUAAAACUGCAAGUUGGAAAUCUUGUGCUCUACAGUAAUUUGUUGGAUCUGGCCGCUGUCGCGUUGGUCUCUGUAGUGGCUUUGAUUAUCAUUGAGUUUCGCUUCGACAGAUUUUUAUGGUAUUCAAUAAUGUCAGUGGUGCCGUGUUCCUGUAAGACAAUAGUGUUUAACAAGCGUCAGGAGGACGAGGAUGUCAUCAAAGAGAGAAUGGUCAUCAAAGCCACACCCAAGGCCAAUCUUCUCAGGGACAAUGCUUUAGUGCUCCAGGACCUCCAUAAGUGUUACCUCACCUCCCAUUGCACCAGGAGGUUCAUUGCAGUUGACAGCACGAGCAUAGGCGUCCUGCACAAGGACUGCCUGGGCCUGCUGGGUCAGAACGGGGCCGGAAAGUCCACCACUUUUAAAAUGAUCACCGGAGAUGAAAUGAUCACUUCCGGCUGCGUGUUUGCGGAAGGUCUGAGCGUCAAGACACGUUUAAAAGACGUCCAGUCUAUGAUGGGAUACUGUCCUCAGCACGACGCCCUCCACGAUUUACUCACCGGCGUGGAAACUCUCCAUUUGUAUGGCAGAAUCAGGGGCGUGCCGCCGUCUGACCUGAAGUCUGUAGUCCAAGCGGUCAUUGACUUUAUCACGUUAUCUCCUCAUGAAAAUAAGCAAACCAAAACUUACAGUGGCGGCAACAAACGAAAACUCUCAGUAGGGAUCUGCAUCAUUGGCAACCCCAGACUGAUCAUGCUGGACGAGCCAACCGCUGGGAUGGACCCCAUGGCCAGGCGCAAACUGUGGGAGGUCCUGCAUAUGAUUCGAGCAUCAGGCAAGACCCUGGUGCUGACGUCCCACAGCAUGGAAGAGUGUGAAGCUCUGUGUACACGUAUCGCUAUCAUGGUCCAGGGCGUGGUACUGUGCCUUGGAAGUCUGCAACACCUGAAGAGCAAGUACGGCCAGGGCUACACUGUCAUCCUUCACGCUGCCCGAGACACCAGCGACAGAGUCGAGUCCCUGCGUGAGGCCAAGAAUCAUGUGCUGAAUACACUCGUGAACUCAACGAUAUUUUCCGAACACGACGCCUAUGUCGACAUCCACGUGCCUGUGGAGAACCCGCUUUCUCACAUCUUCGACACCUUGCAGAACGCCAAAGAGAGGUACAGGUUUGAGCACUACACCGUGCAGCAGACCUCGUUGGAGCAGAUCUUUCUGAGGCUCAUGACAAUGGAGACAGUCCUAGAAGAAGUCGUGGUGAAAUAAGAAACUAAUGAAAACACAAGAAGUGGAAAAGAAAAAUACUUGAAAAGACCAAGAUUACUUCUGAGACUUUGACUUUGUCAAACAACAAAUUUUUUUUCACACUCGUAAUGAGAAUCAAGCUGCACUGAGAUUUUACUUUUCUUCUCGAUAAAUCUGGGGUGCCAGCCGUUUUCUGCCUGAACAUUUUCUAGCCUCGUGUAAAGGACCGCCUCGCUGCUAAACUAGAUCUAAAAUAUAGUCGAUGCUCACGAAAUUGUUAUAGUCAUUAUGAACAGUGGACACCAGUUACGAGAGGCCGAAAAGCCUUUUGUUACGGGCCGAAUGUGGUAUCGCGGUUCCCAGUUUGAGUAUUACAGUCUUGAUUUGUUUUGUAUACAAAUUGAGUAUGUGUAUUUGAAAACUGAAUAAAA